AUGGUGGAAGAAGGGGUGGGAGAUCAUACAGUGAAACCACCUGACUGGCCUCACGAAAUUUGUCAACUUGGUGUACAGGAUGAACUGUACAAGGUAGAAACCGAACUUGGUAUUGGCCUGGAAAAUACUGAUUUUAUCGUCUGGAUGUCACCGGCUGCACUGCCUAAAUUUCGAAAAAACUAUCGCUCACUGAAACAAAUUUCCGUUUUCAAAAAUGGUAAGUGUCUCGAAGAACACAGCACUCGCCAUGUUUAA